AUUGCACAAAAUUCCACAGGUUUCAGGCUAAACCAAAAGGAAAAGAAGCAGAAAGAAAAACGUGAACAAUUGUUUGGAGUUGGUUGUGUGUGAUCGAGGAUGAUGAAGAAAUUAGUAGGACUGAAAUUAGGGUUAUUGGUGUGGUUAUUUUUAAACUUAAAUAUAAUUCCGUCGGAAUCAGCUGUGUCAAGUAUAGAUCUAGGAUCAGAAUGGGUAAAAGUAGCAGUUGUAAACCUAAAACCAGGCCAAACCCCAAUUUCAAUCGCAAUAAACGAAAUGUCCAAGCGAAAAUCCCCUGCUUUAGUUGCAUUCCACUCCGGGACCCGCCUUCUUGGUGAAGAAGCCGCUGGGAUCACAGCCCGUUACCCUGAGAAAGUCUAUUCCCACCUCCGAGACUUGAUAGGGAAAUCUUAUUCCCACGUUAAGUCCUUUCUGGAUUCAAUGUAUUUGCCAUUUGAUAUUGUGGAAGAUUCUAGAGGGGCUAUAGCUGUUCAAAUUGAUGAUAAUCUUACCGUCUUUUCGGUUGAGGAAUUGGUGGCUAUGAUAUUGAGUUAUGCCAUGAAUCUUGCGGAGUUUCAUUCCAAGGUGGUUGUCAAGGAUGCGGUCAUAAGUGUGCCUCCGUAUUUUGGACAGGCGGAGAGAAGGGGAUUGGUUCAGGCGGCGCAAUUGGCUGGGAUUAAUGUGCUUUCCUUGAUAAAUGAACAUUCUGGUGCUGCUUUGCAAUAUGGGAUUGAUAAGGAUUUUUCUAAUGCGUCUAGGUACGUUAUCUUUUAUGAUAUGGGGUCAAGUACUACUUAUGCUGCUCUUGUUUAUUACUCAGCUUAUAAUGCCAAGGAGUUCGGAAAGACUGUCUCCAUUAAUCAAUUUCAGGUUAAGGAUGUUAGAUGGGACGCAGAACUGGGAGGGCAAUAUAUGGAAGCAAGGUUGGUGGAAUACUUCGCAGAUGAGUUUAAUAAACAAGUUGGAAAUGGGGUUGAUGUGAGAACGUCUCCUAAGGCUAUGGCUAAAUUGAAGAAACAGGUUAAACGUACAAAAGAAAUCUUGAGUGCGAACUCAAUGGCUCCAAUAUCAGUUGAGUCUCUCUAUGAUGAUCGGGACUUUAGGAGUACUAUAACACGUGAUAAGUUUGAAGAACUGUGUGAAGAUUUGUGGGAUAGAUCUCUUUCACCUCUCAAAGAUGUGCUUAAGCAUUCAGGUCUCAAAGUGGAUGAAUUGCAUGCUAUAGAGCUUAUAGGAGGUGCUACCAGAGUGCCAAAGUUGAAGGCCAAGAUCCAGGAAUUUCUUGGAAGGAGUGAGCUGGACAAACAUCUUGAUGCUGAUGAGGCUACAGUUCUUGGUGCAGCACUGCAUGCUGCAAAUCUGAGUGAUGGGAUCAAAUUGAAUCGCAAGCUAGGAAUGAUUGACGGUUCUUCCUAUGGAUUUGUGGUUGAGUUAGAUGGGCGUAAUCUUCUGAAAGAUGAGAGCACUAGGCAGUUGCUUGUGCCAAGGAUGAAAAAACUCCCCAGUAAGAUGUUCAGAUCCCUUAUUCAUGACAAAGACUUUGAAGUUUCACUUGCAUAUGAGAGUGAAGGUCUUUUACCGCCUGGCACUGUCUCUCCUGUAUUUGCAAAGUAUGCUGUUUCUGGUGUGACAGAUGCAAGUGAGAAAUAUUCAUCUCGAAACUUGUCGUCUCCUAUCAAGGCAAAUCUGCACUUUUCUCUUAGUCGAAGUGGGAUUCUUUCUCUGGAUCGAGCAGAUGCUGUUGUUGAAAUAUCAGAAUGGGUGGAAGUUCCUAAAAGGAAUCAGAGUAUAGCAAAUACAACUGCUUCCUCUCCAAACAUGUCAGUUAACCCUGGAGCUAAAAAUACUUCAGAAGAGAGCACUGAAAGCUUGCAUUCUGAUGGGGGGAUAGGCAAUGCAUCCAACCCUAACAUUGAAGAGCCAGAUGCCAUUGAGCUGGGUACAGAAAAGAAGCUGAAAAAGAGGACAUUUAGAAUUCCACUGAAGAUACUUGACAAGACAGCAGGACCUGGAAUGCCUCUUUCAGGAGAAUCUCAGGGUGAAGCCAAACUAAAAUUAGAAGCAUUGGACAAAAAGGAUGCUGAGCGGCGGAGGACUGCUGAAUUGAAAAAUAAUUUGGAAGGUUAUAUAUAUUCAACUAAAGAUAAGCUUGAAACAUCUGAGAAGUUUGAGAAAAUUUCUUCUGAUGAUGAACGCAAGUCUUUUAUUGAAAAGCUUGAUGAGGUUCAAGAAUGGCUAUAUACUGAUGGUGAAGAUGCCACUGCUACUGAGUUUCAGGAUCGCCUAGAUUCAUUAAAAGCUACUGGUGACCCUAUAUUUUUCAGGUACAAUGAACUUACUGCAAGGCCAGCAGCAAUGGAACUUGCUCGAAAAUACCUUAGUGAGCUGCAACAGAUUGUACAGAGCUGGGAGACGAACAAACCAUGGCUUCCAAAGAAUAGAAUAGAUGAGGUUCGAAGUGAUGCUAAUAAGGUAAAGAGUUGGCUUGAUGAGAAGGAGGCUGAGCAGAAGAGGACUUCAGCAUUCAGCAAACCAGUAAUUACAUCUGAAGAAAUAUACGAAAAGGUGUUCAAUCUUCAAGAUAAGGUUGCCACUGUCAACAGAAUUCCCAAGCCAAAGCCCAAAGUUGAGAAGCCUAAGAAAAACGAAAGUGAGACCAGCUCAGAGAAUCUGAAUACUUCCAAUUCAACUUUUCAGGAAAAAGUCGAUGGAGAACAAACUUCAGCGGAUUUAAAAGACUCUGGUGAAGAAAAAGUCGACAGAGAACAAACUCAUGAUGAGUUGUGAUUAAAACUUAAUGGAACAUGUACAACCAUUGAUGUUUAGCUACGUUUUGAGUUUAAAAUGUGAAGACAGUGCAAAGGAAAUUACUGGAGAGAUGGAUUGCUGCAAAUUUAAACUUUGGAAGUGCAUCUUGGAGCGUUUUUCUUCCAGAAAGGCAUCUUAAUUUAUUAUAGCAGAGAUAGAAGAUUAACUGUAGGGAAAUCAUCAGUUGUCAGAUCAGAUGUUUGCCCCCUCCAUUAAUUGUAACACUUAUUUUAUAUCCCUACAAGACUAAAAGGCAUUCAUUAUUGUGACUGUAUGCCUCUUCGGGAGUUUUGAUAAUCUUUAUUAUGUUUAGAAACAGAUGUCAUCCUACGGAGCUUCUCGAUUAAAGGAAAUAUAUACAUUUAUAUUUUUAAUUUAAUAUUAUAUCUUCAUUUUAGUAUCA